AUGGAACAGUCUCUGAAUUCGCGUGACGAAGUUCCUGCCAAGCCGCCUAUCGACUCGACAGGUGUCAUGCGUUUUUCAGUGGAUUAUGAACUUGUAGGGCAUUUAGGCAGUGGAAGCCCUUACAUGAACGGCGUGAUGAAAUCGCUUACUAAUGAUGAGCCGUUUCUGGAUAUGGCAGAAGAAGACAGUUGUUCAUGCGCGGUUUCGGAAUGCGCUGCUUUAACGCAGGAAUGCCUCAGUCUCACAAAGCGCCUUGCGCGAGCAGAAAGCGGGAUGAAAUCGUCAGAAAUUGAAAACGAACGAUUAGCAAGCUAUUCAGCUGAGCUACAACGAUCUAUCGAUAAACUUAAAGAAGAAAAUCAAAGGCUGGCGGCAAAUGAAUCGUCAUAUCGUUACCAGGUAGAAUGCGCCAAAUACGAGUUGGACACCUUUCGCAACAAGUUAUGCGAAGCUAACGACGAGCUGAUGAGUGUACGCCUGUACACGGCAGUAACGGACGAAGAAAACCCAUCGCCAUCUUCUGACACUGCGAUAGACACUCAGGCGGAAGAUCUGAUGUUUCAAAUGCGGAUCGUGUGCCUGUUUUCCGUAAUCCCUCUGUUCGUGCUACUAGUUGCAUGUCUAAUGGCGUUCUUUCCCACUUUGUCGAACAUCACCGGGACGUGGGAUGGUCCUGCCUAUCCGUCGCCCUAA